CCCUGUUUGCUUCUCUUCUUCAAGCAGGGAGCUAUCCUACCGUCACCUAGCAUUCAUUAAUGGACUCUCUUUACACUUGCUCUCAAUGAAGAUCUAUUCUUUUUGGUAACUUUUCCAGUGAUAUCUUUCCUUUCUGUAAACUGUUGUGCUGAUUAGUCAGCUCUUCCAAGAGGAUCUGUGAUCUGGCUAGGUUCCUGCUGUCAUCAUCAUAAUCUUCCUCUUUCCUUCUGUGGGAUUAUCAUAGCGAUGAGGCAGGACAGCCUGUGACUAUCCACCGCGCUCUACCAGUCUUCUUUUUUAAGUUAUUUUUUUGGUGAGAUACCAGGAGCCAAAAUGCUGAACCAGGGUGCUGUGAUGGUCUUCACUGGAUUGUGUGGGGCGUUAGUGCUCAUGGCAAUGGGCUACUAUGUCUACUGGUCUGUAGUAUUGGCUGACGGACCGUGUAAGCGCGGUUUGUAAAAGGAUCCCACCGUGGUUGGUCGUAGUGUAUAGAAAAGAGCCGACUCAGCUCUCCAGGCUCCUCAGCCAUGGCGCUGCUGGCCUACCUGAAGAGCCUGUUCAUCCUGCAGCUGCUGAUGGGCUUUGUGUUUGUGGUUAGCGGCCUCAUCAUAAACUUCAUUCAGCUCUGCACUUGCAUCCUCUGGCCCAUCAACAAGCGGCUGUAUCGCACCAUCAACUGCCGGCUCGCCUACUCCCUCUGGAGUCAGCUGGUGAUGCUGCUGGAGUGGUGGUCGGGCACAGAAUGCACACUAUACACCGACCAAGCUACGGUGGACAAGUUUGGCAAAGAGCAUGUCAUCACCAUCCUCAACCACAACUAUGAGAUCGACUUCCUGUGUGGCUGGACCAUGUGUGAAAGAUACGGCAUCCUAGGGAGUUCAAAAGUGCUAGCCAAACACGAGCUACUGAAGGUUCCUCUGAUUGGCUGGACCUGGUACUUCCUAGAAAUAGUCUUCUGCAAAAGAAAGUGGGAAGAGGACCGAAAGACUGUCUUCAGUGGACUAAAUAGGCUCAAAGACUAUCCUGAAUAUAUGUGGUUUCUGCUGUAUUGCGAGGGCACCCGCUUUACAGAGACCAAGCACCAGAUCAGUAUGCAGGUGGCAGAGAGUAAAGGCCUGCCCAAGCUCAAAUACCACCUACUGCCCCGAACCAAAGGAUUCACCACCACUCUGCAGUGUCUUAAGGGCACAGUCACUGCUGUGUAUGAUGUGACUCUUAACUUCAAAGACAACCAAACCCCCACUCUCCUGGGUAUCGUCAACGGCAAGAAAUACAAAGCUGACCUGAGUGUAAGGCGGUUUCCGGUGGAGGACAUACCAGAUGAUGAGAAAGAGUGUGCCAUCUGGCUGCACAAACUCUACCAGGAGAAGGAUGCCUUACAGGAAAACUACAAAAAGGAAGGCAAGUUCCCCGGACCCACAAUCACUCCAAAACGCAGGCCGUGGACGCUGCUGAACUUCCUGUUCUGGGCCACCUUGCUGCUUUCACCACUCAUCAACUUUGCUUGUGGAGUGGCUGUCAGCGGCUCCCCGCUCCUCAUCAUUGGCUUUAUCAUCUUCCUCAUCAUAGCCUCGAUUGCUAUCCGCCGCCUCAUAGGGGUCACCGAGGUGAAGAAAACAGGCUCCAGUUACGGCAACCCGGAGGCCAAGAAAGAAAACUAAAGUGUCGUCCCCCUCCGUGUGCGGCCGUCUCUGUACGGUCACCCUGCGGCGUCUCACCCCUGCCCACCUCCAUUCUCCUCCUUCUGUUGAGCCAGUUGGCAGGCUAGGGAGGAGACCCAGCUGUGAAAACAUAAUAGAGCCCAGAGAUAGAAAUACUAAUGGCACUAGUGAGAGAGAGCAUGGACGGUGUGGGCUUCACGCUCUCUGCUGUACAGAACAUGAGGAGGGGGAGAUGCAGCACUCUAUUCCCCUUUUUUCUUUCUUAAUCCCUCAUCCUUGUCCUACUAGAUCCCGCUAACACCCAGGGUUAAGCUCCUAACCUGUGUGAGGUCACAUUUCCUGCUCUCCACUUCCUGUCAGAGUCAUCAGGCAAUCAGGGAGGGGCUCAUUCUCAUUGCCCAAAGACCACAAGCCCAUCUUUAUUUGAUCAUUUUUAAUCUUAACCACCGAGGGGCAGUGUGUUUCUGCGACAGCAUUUUCCUCACCCAGAGGGACUUGUAAUCAGAACCGGUGCCUUGAGACCCAGCCUGUUUUUCUUUAUCUUAAAGAGUUAUUUCAAAACGAUUACCUUUUAAACCUCCAGUUAUCAAGCCACGCGGAUAGUUUUCAUUGUGUGUGCCACUCGAAUACAUUGUAGUGAGGUCCGUCUUGUUCAAAUCAUUGAAAGUACAUCUAAAAAACGUAAACAACAGUGUGUCUUUCAGAAUACUAGUCUAUUACUUUGGAUCAACUCUGAACAUUUUCAUCUUUGCCCAUGUUGAUUUCAACUCGGGGAAACCAUAUUAUUGGAUCAUUCAAGUAGUAAGCACAUUUCUGUUUUUGGGGCCAUUGCGCUUGAGCUUUUCAAUAUUUGAAUCAGUUUGAGCAGCAACAACAUCACCUCCCCUCUGCGGUCCAACAUCAUCUGCAGGGCUAAACACUGCAAACGUGCAAAAGUCUGGUGUCUGCUAAACUCAAGCAAGGGCUCCCAAUGUGAAAUCUGUCCUCAUCAAGGACACCUGCCAUCUGUUACAGGUCUCACAGCUGUAUUACAGCCCGCGGCAACAACACACAGUCACCCUGACACAUUUCUAUUCAUUUUCCCGUCUGUUCCUAUUUUCUCUUGCUUAAUAGGAAAUGGCUGGUAUGUUGUUUCAUGAUUUUGACAAUUUCUUACCCCCUAAAUGUGAUGUUAAAUCAACCAGCUGUCGAAACACUGAAGCAGUUCAACCUACCAAUCCCUGAUCCAGAAAAAGGUCAACAGCUGUCUACAUGUAGCGUCGCAGUGCUGAUGUUUUAACCUUUGCCUUAAAUCAAGCUUGCUCAGGCGAGGGAUUGCUUAUGCGCCACCCCUUUAAAACAGCACCCAUCUCUUACCUCUGCGCCCUGAAUAUUCAUCCUCCCCCUGCCAUCACAUAGAGGAGCAGUAUGGAUUUAUUGGGUUUAAUAAGCCAGUGAGCAAAUAAAACCCUUGUUAUACUUCAAGUGAAAAGCUGUUUAAAAACCCGUUCAUAGGCUGUCGGUUAAAGAAAGCUGCUUGCUUACACUCCAUGGGCAGGCAGCUUUUGUUUUACUCUGAACAUAGUAGUAAACCACCCUUUACAAAUCGCUCCUCCCAGAGUUGGUUGUUUUUAACUGCAACAAAUUAAACAUCAGCUGUUGCAGUAUAAUGAGUGGAUUUCUUCCCCAAAACAAUGGUAGCAAGACAUGGAGGGGAUACUUUGUGUCCUGCUCGCUCUCUCGCUCUCUCUCUCUCUCUCUCUCGCUCUCGCUCUCUCUCUCUCUCUCUCUCUCUCUCUCUCUCUCCCUCUCCCCCCUCCCCCUCCUGUGCCACCUGUAGCGUUAAUCAUUUCUUUUUGGUUUUAAUUUGUCGCUCCGCAGCAGCAAUACCUUGUGUACGUCCUCUCUCUGUAGCGUUAUGUCAACCCAGACAGAUUUCAUGCAAGCCUUAAUAGACAGUGCUGCUUAUUUUUGGUGUGAAAAUGUAGAAGCUAAAUGAGACCCUGUGGUAGUGAAGAGACAAAGUCCUCCGGUAUAGCAAGCAAGUUGCUGGGAUUAGUUGCCCAGCAGCUUGUUCUACAAUCUAACAUUUAAAGGUUUAACACAAGGAUAAAGUCUGCUCUUAGGCACAAAGAGCUCUGUUCAUAAUCAAUACACAUUUUUUACAAGGAGAUAUUUGAGUUGCUUUACCUCAAAUAUUUGUUAAAAGCUUUAGUAUCUCGACCUGUGAUGUUUUUCCUCAAGAGAUCUGAUCAGAUGUCCCAUCUCAUUCUGUCAUUCAGUAAAAAAAUCACAUUUCAAAGAUGCUGAGAAGUUUUUGGAAAACAGUUUUUACACUGGAUGUUUUUUAUUCAGUUCAAAAGUUUAACAUGGUUGUUGUUUUGUUUUGUUUCUGAGUUCAACAAUGGAAUUAAAUAACAUCAAAACAUUGAGAUUUAAAAAGUCUUUAAGUGGUGUCAGAGAUAAUUGAGUUAGUGGCACCUCUUGCGUCAGCGUUUUGUUUGUUUUCUAAGGCUAUUUUUAUGUUUUCUUCAAUUAAAACACGUAAGAAUAUUAAAGGAUUUAAUCACAAA